UCGUCGAUGCCCGCUAGAGCUUCACAGUCGCCUGUAGGGCAUCGUUUUGCCUCUGACUUGCUAAAGGAAAGACUUUCAAAAGUCCUGGACAACUAGGGAUGAAGAUGAAUGGAAAGAUUUUGAGCAAAAAGAGGUUGAUUACAGCGGCCUUCGAGUUCAAGCAAUGCAAAUCAGUGAAAAGGAAGAAGAAGAUAGUGAAAAGAGAGACGAUCCCAGUGAUAACUGGGAAGAAGGUGGCGGCGGCGGAGGAGGUGGUGUAGAGAAAUCUUCGGGUCCCUGGAAUAAAACAGCUCCAGUACAAGCACCUCCUGCUCCAGUAAUGGUUACAGAAACCCCAGAGCCUGCGAUGAGUAGUGGUGUGUAUAGGCCCCCUGGGGCCAGGCUGACCACAACCAGGAAAACACCACAAGGACCACCAGAAAUAUACAGCGACACACAGUUCCCCUCCCUGCAGUCCACUGCCAAGCAUGUAGAAAGCCGGAAGGAUAAAGAAAUGGAGAAGAGCUUUGAAGUAGUAAGGCACAAAAAUAGAGGUAGGGAUGAGGUUUCAAAAAACCAGGCCCUUAAACUUCAGCUAGACAACCAGUAUGCUGUGCUCGAAAAUCAGAAAAGCAACCACACACAGUACAAUUAAGGGAUGCUCUUUGCUAACCCUACUAAAAGGUAACUAGACUGCAGCUACCCGCCAUGAACAGACACUCAGCCUCUGAUCUCUGCUGGAUGGACAGCAACCGAUGCAGACCGCUCAUAGACAUGCUCGCCCGUGGCACUGUGGAAGUGUAAAGUGUUAUCGCUGCUGCUUACGUGUAUUUGGAUUGGGGGAAAUUCUCAUGGUUAAUAGAAAUGCGUGAACUAGAUUCAGCCAUUUUCUUUCAUAUUUACUCUACAAAAACUACAGCCAGUGGUCAUUUCAAAAUCUUUUUAUGUUCAGAUACUGAGCCUUCGUAAGGGUUGACUACCUCAGAUUUGCUGCACUCAUUGUGGACUUCAUGUGGAUCACAACUUCUGGACAAGAAGGUUCUAGCUAUUGUCGAUGUGAAACUUGAAACCAGCUCUACUGGAUUCCUACCAGAAAUCUUGCAGAAAGUCAGCCAUCUGGGUUCUGAUCUGCUGUAAAAGAUGAAGAUUUAAGUGACCUUAAUUACCCUGUCCUGUGCCCCCUUAAGGAAUACUUGCUGUAGUAGCUGUGGCUAGGUUAGACUUCUUGGAACAUGCCGCUCUCAAAAGAACUGAUGUGUUCAGAUA